AUGCGCCUGCGCGCCGCCGCCGCCGGCCUCGUGCCCUUCCUCCUCGUCGCGCUCUACUGGCAGCACGCCUCCUCCAGCGCCGCCGGAAGCGACCGCGCGCUCGUGCGGCAGCAGGCGCGAGACGUGGCGCUUGACUGGGGUCCGCCGACGCUGAGCAGCAAGCGCAUCAUCGACGGCUCGCCAAACUAUCUGCCGGUGCCCAAUGCCGAGGGCCCGGCGCCCGAUGACAUGGCGUGGCGGAAGGAGGUGUCGAGCGACCCGUCGGUGCCAUGCCCGGCGGGCCGGCGGCCGUACCACACUAUCCUCACCGCGCAAGGGUCGCUCUACCAGCAGUGGCAGACAAAGAUCUUCUACUACCACUUCCGCAAGCAGCAGGCGGCGGGAGGACGCUGCACCGAGAUGACUGGCUUCACUCGGCUGCUGGCGGGCAAGCCGGACGAGCUCAUGCCGACCAUUCCGACAGUGGCGGUGCCCGAGGCUGGGCACAACGUGACGCGCGGGUUCCCGGUCAUCAACCGGCCGUGGAGCAUGCUCCUCUUCAUCGACAUGAAGGAGUUUAGGGAGCGCAUCAUCGAGCGGUACGACCCAAAGUCGGGCGGGAUCGCGCAAAAGUGGCUGCCGGACACGAAGGUUGCGGACAUGCCGCCCGUCGGCCCGUCGCCGAUUCUGAUCCACGUCGACUUGCUCCGCGCCGUGACGCCGCUGUGGUACGAGCUCUCGUGGAAGCUGAAGCGCGACCCCGAGGCCAACGCCGCCUACGGGUGGAUGCUCGAGAUGUGGGGCUACUCGAUUGCCGCGGCGCGCCUGGAGAGCCUUCCCUUCGCGCGCCUCAAGAUCAAGCACUUUGUGUGGCAGCGGAUCCAGAUCGAGCCGUCCGCGGCUUGGCACCAGACGCUCUCGGAGCGGGACGGCGAUUGGGCCCCCGCGGUCGAUCCCUUCAUCUACCACUACACCUUUGGCGUUGAGUAUUUGUUGGAUGGAUCCCCAGUGGUGGGUGGCAAGGGCACGUGGUCGCUGGACAAGCGAAACUACUUCGGCGCCGCGCCGCCGCCCGACCUCAAGGCUCCGCCAGAGUGCGCGCAGGAGGCGGGGCGCGUGUGGUGGGGCAUGUUCAACGAGGCGAUCGGCAACCUCACCAAGGAGGGCCAGUGGUACGGCCGCACGGGGCAGAGCACGCGCUCACGCACCAGCGACGAGAGCACCGAGCUCGAGGCGGCGAUGGGGGCGCUGGGAAAGGAGCUGGUGGACGGCGGUCAGUGGCUGAUUGGCAACGAAAAGGCGCCGCUGCAAUUCUUCCGGCGGGGCAAGCUGUGGACCAAGUGGGGAGGGGGCACGUGGAGGGUGACUGGCGGCACAAAGGUGCACGUCGCGAGGCAGCGGGACAAGCACGCCAUGAAGCUGUGGGUGCCGAUGCGGCACGUCUCGAUGGAGUACACGGGCUGGCGCGACUCGGGGGGGUGCAAGCUGUAA